AUGUUGAGAAAAAGCAAAAGGUUGUGUUUUAGUCCUGAUGAUGUUGAUGAGAAACCAGCCAUUUUUCUAAAGCAUGGCUGCAUCAAAGUAUUACGAAACAGAAAGAGGCUAAUCGGAACCUGGAGUUUCAGAUUACACAGAGACCCUAUUAUGUCACCUGUUAGAUUCUUAAUAAGGCUUGGAGCAAAGGUAGCAAGUUCUAUAAGAGCUGUUUCUUUGAGAAGAAGAUCCUCUAGGAAGGUUUCUUCAUCCACUUCGGUAAGGUCUCAUUCAUUAUCAGAUCACCUCACCGAUUCACACCGUGCUAAAGCUGUAGAAGAUUGCAUCGAGUUCUUGCAUUCUUCUUCCUCUAAAGAGGCACCUAGUUUAGUGAGUCUCUGA